UGAUUUUUGCGUAAGCGUUGCUGAGGCCAAUUUUCAUUGCCCAUCCCUAACUGCCCUAGAGAAGGUGGUGAGGAGCUACUCUCUUGAACUGCUGUCGUCCUUUGGUUGUCCCUGAACUCCCAGUGCUUUUUGGAGGGGAAUUCCAGGAUUCUGACCCAGCGACACUGAAGGAAUGGUGAUUUGUAUUCCCAAGUCAGGCCGGUAACACAGCAAGGGCUUUUCCAGCUGCUGGUGAACCAUGUCUGGGCCGGUCCCAAGCAGGGCCAGAGUAUAUGCAGAUGUUAACACACAAAGACCCCGUGAGUACUGGGACUACGAAUCACACGUCGUUGAAUGGGGCAAUCAAGACGAUUAUCAGUUAGUUCGGAAAUUAGGUCGUGGAAAGUACAGUGAAGUCUUUGAAGCCAUCAACAUCACAAACAAUGAGAAAGUAGUGGUCAAAAUACUGAAGCCUGUAAAAAAGAAGAAAAUAAAGCGAGAGAUAAAAAUUUUAGAGAACUUGCGUGGGGGCCCCAACAUCAUAAACCUGCUAGACAUAGUAAAAGACCCAGUGUCUCGGACGCCUGCACUGGUAUUUGAACAUGUAAACAACACCGACUUCAAGCAAUUGUACCAGACGUUAUCGGACUACGACAUUCGAUUCUACAUGUACGAGAUUCUAAAGGCCCUGGAUUACUGCCACAGUAUGGGAAUCAUGCACAGGGACGUCAAACCACACAACGUGAUGAUUGACCACGAACACAGAAAGCUUCGACUGAUAGACUGGGGUCUGGCUGAGUUUUACCAUCCAGGGCAGGAGUACAAUGUACGCGUGGCAUCCAGAUACUUCAAGGGGCCUGAACUUUUGGUUGACUAUCAGAUGUAUGACUACAGUCUAGACAUGUGGAGUUUGGGCUGUAUGUUAGCCAGCAUGAUCUUCAGAAAGGAGCCCUUUUUCCAUGGGCAUGACAACUACGAUCAGCUGGUAAGAAUUGCAAAGGUGCUGGGCACAGAAGAUUUGUACGAUUACAUUGAUAAAUACAACAUCGAACUAGACCCACGCUUCAAUGACAUCUUGGGCAGGCAUUCCCGGAAGAGGUGGGAGCGUUUUGUGCACAGUGAAAACCAGCACUUGGUCAGUUCCGAGGCCCUGGACUUCUUGGACAAGUUACUCCGUUAUGAUCACCAAGCACGGCUUACAGCGAGAGAGGCUAUGGAACACCCCUACUUCUAUCCAGUAGUGAAAGACCAGGUGCGAAUGGGUUCCACAGCAAGUAUGUCCUCCAGUAGCACCCCGGUCAGCUCUGCCAGUCUGAUGUCAGGUAUAAUCUCGAUGCCCACCUCACAGCCAUUGGGUCCUCUUGCUGGAUCGCCAGUCAUGUCUUCACCCAGCACUUUGGGGCCACCAGUUCCUGCUGCAGCCGGAGCACAGCCUUGACCCUUGAUGCCUGGCUCUUGACUUUGCCUGAAGCACUGAGGGCCUUGCCACACCAUCACCGUAACCCCUCCUCCCUCCUCCUCCUCCUCCUGGUCUGUGCAUUUCCUGGAGGAGCCAGGAGGCAGGCCAGAGACUCUGCUCCAAUCGUUUGUGGAUCCUUAACACAUUCAUUUUUGUUCAGUGCAAAAACAAAAUGACAAACACCUGCAAAAUGAAUACUAUUUAGGUUUGCAGACUGUUAAUGGCAUUGGUUUUCUGUGUAAUUAACUGCUGGACUGCAGAGACCUCCUGUCCUGUCCUGUCACGGUCAGCAAUGUAGCGGCUCUCUUUUUGUGACACUAGGUUUUUAGAAUACCCAGCCUCUGUUAUUGCAGAGCGCUAUGGAGAAAAAAAAAACAAAAAAAAAGGUUUAUUUUAUAUGUUCGUUACAACCCAGCCCUGAAACUAUCGGUGCGCUUACUGAAACUGAUGCUUGAGCAGGACUAGACAUUAGUUGAGACUUUACUCCCCCCACCCCCCACCCCCACUCUGAGAGGAUCAGUGAGGGGGAUUUACACACGAGCUUCAUGGUAUUUAAACUCCUUUAAGUGUUAUAAUGAGAACCCUUCCCUCUACCAGCACCUCUUACCAAUCUCAAGACGAUGAUAAUAAAAGGAAUACAUUUUUCUGAUA